AUGAUAAGAACUGAUUCUUUAGUUAAUAAGACAAAUUGCUUAAGUAUAUUUCUAAUGAUUUGUAUCUUUGUUGCUCUUAAUCCUCCAUAAAAAACUAUUAAUAAUAACAGCUUUGAAAUUUUUGAAGUUGAAGUGAAUGAAUUCGAAAUUAAUUACUUUUUAGAUUAUGAUAUUGUUUACAAUGACACUGAUUAAUUUGGUCUAGAAACUGUUCAAAAUUGGUUACCAAUCUAAUCAGAAUUAGCUCAACUUAAUUUAGCUUUAGAUUAUUUUUCGCGAUUAAAUUUAGACAAAUUGAUUAAAUAACACAAUGAAUUUUAGAUUUAAGUAGAUAAAUGUCUCUAAUUAUCAUUGAAUUAAGAUCUAGAAAAUUUUCUAAAUAAAUUUAAUUCAACAAUCAAUAAUGAUAGUUAAAUAGCUGAUUAUAUGAAUAAUUUAUUAAAUAGAAGAAAUCAAUUACAUGAAUUUUAUAUGGAAAAGAAAAAUGAUCUAGAAAAUCUUAAUAAUGAAGAAAGAAUGUUAAAAUCAUUAAUAAUAGAAUAUCAAAUAAAUGAAUAAGAUUCUACAAUUUUAAAUAAGAAGAUUUUUAAUUUAAAUAAGUUGAAAUAAAUGAUAGAAUAAUCUAAUGAAGAAUAAAUUAAUUUGAUUGAGAAAAUCAAAUAUCAAAAAUCACUUGGAGAAGAAGAAGAUUUAAGUGAGUAUUAUAGAAAAGAUUAAGAUCAAGCAAAAAAAUUAAGACAAUUAUUUAAACCAGCUGGUACAAAAUAAGUAGAAAUACAUAAUGAAAAAUUGUAUGAUCUAGUAAAUGUAUUAGAUUAAAAUAUUAAAUAAUAUUCAAGUCCAACAGAAGUAUAUUUUAAUGGUUUGAACUUUUCUCCAGAACUAAGAAAAAAUGCUUUGGAAGAAUUACAACUUUAAUAUACAAGAUUAUAGAUGAAAUUAGAAUAAUAAUUGAAAAAUUAGGAAGAUUUAGAAAGAGAAAUUGAUGAACUUGAAAGGAAAAAAAAAGCAAAGGAAAAGAGAUAUGCUGAUGUGUUAAGUAAAUUAGAAAUGGUAAGAAAUAUUUAAAAGAAUUUAGAGAAAGAUUAUGACAUUGUAAAAUUAUAGAUAGAAGAAAUAACAAAAGAAAUUAAGAAUAUUAUGCCAAUAAAUAAUAUUGAAAAUAAUUAAAGAUUAAAUGUACAAUAACAAUAUAAAUGUAAUUAUUAAUAUAUAUAAUUAAAUAGAAUAUAUAUAUGAGCAUUUAGAUUAAGAUUAAAAAUGUGUUGAAAAAUGUGUUUAAUAUGAUUCAUUAAAUUAAUAAUUUUAUAUGGGUAGAUAUAAAUAAUCAUUGUAUUUGAUACAAAGACAUUUUUAAGAAUUGGACAAACUUUUCAAUGAAUUUAAAAUAUGA